UUACCAUCGCUCUCUGGAGCUGUUUUCCUCCGGACUCAAACGACAAACCCUUCAAAUCACCAUUUGUCUGUAAUCUCUGCUUGCCGUGGCAGAACCUUAUCACAGAGAAGCGAGUUUUGGUGCUUCGGUUCAGCUCAUCAAGAAGUGGAAAUGGAGAUGGCGCUUCAGCUUCAACGGCCACUUGGUUGCAUAGGACCGAUCAUGGACUCCUCCCGUGUGAGGAUCAGCCGGAACAUUGGGGUCUUGAAUUCACUAGAAAGCAAUGAUCUUACAAUAGUAAGGACCAUGACGCCCCCGAGAGCAAGUUCUGACUACUCAAAAAGACGUCCUAGAAAAAGUGCAAUUCCCAAGAAUAAUGCUUCUGCUCCUAAGGGUUUUGUACCUAGACCUCAGGUUGGAAGAAGCAGUCAGAAGAAAGAUCGUGAUCCUGAAGAGGGGGAGCAAUCUGGCAGUUCUCACUCUAUGAAAAGCAGAACCAAGUUAUUGGAAGAAGGUGAAAAGAGUGGCCAUGAGGAUGCUGAUGUUGAACUUGUAGAGGAACUAUACAGCAAUGAGGAUGAGAGAGAUGAAAUAGGUACAAUGAUGGUGGAAGAAACAAUUGUUUAUGAUGAAGAAUUUGAGAAAGGAAGGAUGAGAAGUGAUGAGAGUUUGAAGCUGGGCAAAUUGUCGCAAUUUUCAGGUAAUUCACUGCUCCAUGCAUCAAAAAUGAAGGGUCACAUAGAAAAAUUAGUAAUUACAGAAAACAAAGCAGCUGUAGGAGCAGCCAUGGUUGGGAAUGAUGUGAGUAUAGGGCAGCAUGAGGGAAAAAGUGAACUUCGUGAUGAAUUAUUGGCUAAAAUAAGGAUCGAGAUGGAAGCUCAUGCUCUUCGAAAAUUGUUAGAGGAACUUGCUGAGGAAAAUUUUGCCAGCGGGAACAAGUUCUUUGUUUUCCCUAAAAUCAUCAAAGCUGAUCAAGUGAUUGAAGUUUUCUUUAAUCGUAGUUUAUCACCUUUGGUGAAUGGACACGAUGUUUUCAUAAAGGGUGCCUUUAAUGACUGGAGAUGGAAGGAUUUCACUGUUAAAAUGAUUAGAAGUGAUUUUCAUGGGGACUGGUGGUCUUGCCAGAUUUAUAUUCCUAAAGAGGCUUACAAAAUAGAUUUUGUGUUCUUCAACAGUGAGAACGUGUAUGACAAUAAUAACCAGAAGGAUUUUUCUGAACCUGUUAAAGGUGAAAUGGAUGAAUAUGCAUUUGAAGAUUUAUUGCUUGAAGAGCAGCAGAUAAAACUUGGAAAACUUGCCGCUGAGCAAGCUGAGAAGGAAAGUCAUGCUGAAGAGCAGCACCGUAGGGGAGUAGAACAAGCAGCCAUGGAAGCUUACAGAGCACAGGCUAAAUUGGAGGCCGAGAAAAAGAGGGAAGCUUUUCAAAAAGUGAUACCAUUGGCUGUGGAGUCUGUUGAUGAUUUAUGGCAUAUAGAGCAUGCUUUAUUCAAGGGAGAGAACUGGUUUCGAUUAUAUUAUAACCGAAGUUCUCGUCCACUGGAACAUUCUUCAAAUAUUUGGAUUCAUGGUGGUUACAACAACUGGAUAGAGGGCGUGUCAAUUGUUGAAAGGCUUAACAAAUUUGACAAAAAUGGUGACUGGUGGUAUGCAGAUGUUGUUUUACCUGACAGAGCACUUGUUCUGGAUUGGGUUUUUGCCGAUGGGCCACCACUACAGUCAAAAGUUUUUGAUAACAACAACUACCAGGAUUUCCAUGCCGCUAUAAGGAAAGGUUUAUCUGAAGAAAUCUACUGGUUAGAAGAAGAAGAUAGAAUAUUUAGGAAGCUUUGGGAGGAAAGAAGAUUUAAAGAGGAGGCUGCACGUAAGAAGGCUGAGAAAGCAGCACGUUUGAAGGCUGAAACAAAGGAAAGAACUUUGAAAAGGUUUUUACUGUCUCAAAAGCAUGUAGUGUAUACAGAGCCACUUGUUAUUCAAGCUGGAAAGAUGGUUAGAGUUUUGUAUAAUCCCUUUAACACAGUUUUAAAUGGGAAAGAAGAGGUUUGGUUCAAAUGUUCAUUUAACCGUUGGACUCAUCGUAAUGGUCCACUGCCCCCACAAAAGAUGGUGCGGGUGGGUACUGAUACACAUCUCCAAGCACUUGUUAAGGUUCCAUUAGAUGCUUACAUAAUGGACUUUGUUUUUUCUGAGAGGGAAGAUGGUGGUGUUUAUGACAAUAAAAAUGGAAUGGACUACCAUAUUCCUGUUAUUGGGGGAAUUGCUAAGGUAGCACCACUGAACAUCAUACAUGUGGCUAUAGAAAUGGCGCCUAUUGCCAAGGUGGGAGGCUUAGGUGAUGUUGUUACUAGUCUGUCACGUGCUGUUCAGGAUUUAGGGCAUAAAGUUGAUAUUAUUCUUCCAAAGUAUGACUGCCUGAAAUUUAAUCAUGUGAAUGAUUUUCAUCACCAUGUAAGUUUUCGAUGGGGUGGAACAGAAAUAAAAGUGUGGCAUGGAAAAGUUGAAGGCCUAUCUGUUUACUUUGUGGAGCCUCAAAAUGGAAUGUUUGAUGUUGGCUGUGUAUAUGGAAGAAACAAUGAUGGGGAUAGAUUCCAAUUUUUUUGCCAUGCUGCACUUGAAUUCAUUUUUCAAAAUGGACUUCGUCCUGAUAUUCUGCAUUGCCAUGAUUGGUCCAGCGCCCCAGUGGCGUGGUUAUUUAAAGAACAUUAUAAACAUAAUGGGCUGGCUAGUGCUCGAGUUAUUUUCACUAUUCAUAACCUUGAGUAUGGGAUACAUCAGAUUGGCAAAGCAAUGAUUUAUACUGACAAGGCUACCACGGUAUCAUAUACCUACUCAAAAGAAGUUUCGCAAAAUCCAGUUAUUUCUGCCCAUCUUUACAAAUUCCAUGGCAUUGUUAACGGCAUUGAUCCAGAUCUCUGGGAUCCAUAUAAUGACAAUUUUAUCCCUGUGUCUUAUACUUCAGAAAAUGUUGUUGUGGGUAAGAAUGCUGCCAAAGAGGCAUUACAGCAAAGACUUGGCUUGAAUAAUUCUAAUCAUCCAUUGAUAGGAAUAAUCACUCGUUUAACAGUCCAGAAAGGAAUUCACCUCAUCAAACAUGCUAUUUGGCGAACACUGGAAUGCAAUGGGCAGGUUGUUUUGCUGGGAUCUGCUCCAGAUCCUCGCAUUCAAAAUGAUUUUAUUAAUUUGGCAAACCAAUUGCACUCUUCACACUCUGGCCGUGUGCGACUUUGCUUGACCUAUGAUGAACCCCUUUCGCACUUGAUUUAUGCAGGUGCAGACUUCAUUCUUGUCCCUUCCCUUUUUGAACCUUGUGGUUUAACUCAACUUGUAGCAAUGAGAUAUGGUUCUAUUCCAGUUGUUCGAAAAACAGGAGGAUUGUAUGACACAGUUUUUGAUGUUGAUGAUGAUAAAGAGAGGGCUCAAUCACUGGGUCUUGAACCAAAUGGAUUUAGCUUUGAGGGUACAAGUUCCAGUGGGGUUGAUUACGCUCUUAAUAGAGCAAUAUCAGCUUGGUAUCAUAGCCGUGAAUGGUUCAACCUCCUUUGCAAGCGAGUUAUGGAGCAAGACUGGUCCUGGAAUCGCCCAGCUUUGGAUUAUAUAGAACUGUACUAUGCAGCUCGCAAAUAAGAUUUUCUUCAAUACCUUGCAAUAAGGUAAAGCCAUGCACGUUCUAUUUCUAUUUGGCUGAUAUUUAUGUACAGAUUUCGUUUUACUACUUGUCGUCCUUUUUUCACUUCUCUAUAUGUUUUUUGGUUUAGGCAUAAUCAGCGGUGUAAGUAAGUUCUCAUAAGCUGCGUUCGUAAGAACUUUACCAUAUAAGAUAGUUGAUUUGUUGAGAACCUAAAAUCAGUCAGUUUUUGCUCAAGUAGCAUCCUAGUGCUAU